UGUACUGUUGCUCCAGUAGUAUUCAACUUUUUUGGUGCUUGACUUUAACUUAAAAUCCAAAAGUUCAAAUAUAAUUUAGCAUUUCAAAAUCCAUACAUUUUAAGAUACUAUUAGAGUAUAGUUUCUUAAUAAAAAUGAAUUUUAAAAUAAUUAUUUUGAUUGCAACAUCCGUAUUUUUCAUUGUAAUGGCAACGUAUACAGGUGUUGAUGCAGGUGACCCGGAAGAAAAAAUUCCCCCUUCGGUAAGUCGUGAUGGACUACCACCACUACAUACAGGACCACCAGCACAACGAAAUCCAAAACCACCAAAACUACCAACACCGCCUUCAGGACGAGGACCAUCGCCAACAGUUCCUCAAGCACCAAUACAACCAAAAAAACCGUAACCAAACCACCUGCUCAAAACUAAUUAAAUUUACCACUAAACCGCAGUAUCCAAAAUCCGUGUCAUAAUCUGAAAAUUAAUAUGCUUAAUAAUAUGUGUAUAUUGUAAAAUGUUCUACUUUGCUUAUCAUAACUGUUUUUCAACCUUCAGAUUUUUCUAAUAACAAUGUAUUCCACAUAACAUAUUCUGUUACCUAUCAUAUAAAUGUUAUUAUGUCUAUUAAAUAUACCUAUCUACCAACAAAAAUGAUAU